GCUCUUGCUUCCAGCUUCCAGACUUGCAUUACCCACGUACUCUGCUGUAAUCUGAACAACACUUGCGCGAUCACCACGACUGCCUUGACUUCUGCUCUCAACGCUCAUCUUAGCUGGCCAACUCCGUGUUUCCUUCUUGAGCCGCCAUGCAACCCGCCGUGCAGCGUCCAUCGGCGCCCUCGGACUACUGCCUCCAACAUCCGCACAACCUCGGCGUACACAUAUCCGUCACGCUUGAAACCGCAGUGAACAUGCUCGUCCGUGCCAUCACCUUGGCGGCUUCGGUGCCGUUCGUGUGGACCACGAUUGACCGACCAUCCGAUGGGCAGGUGUAUCUUAUCUGCGUGCCACACAACCAAGUGUUUCCGAACGACGGCGUGCGCUAUCUAGACCCGGGCCACGUCGCGACAUCGCCUGUAGCGGGCAACCGCGAACUAGAAGUCAUCGAGGAUAAAUGCGGGUUCGCGCCGGGCCAAGACCGCGUCGCUGACCGCGUCCGGCGGCGGUUUCGCAUCGUCAGGGGCGGCCAUCCCCAACUGGUGCUCGUCCACUAUACCCGCGACCGUCAACAAUAUCUCCAAAUCCCUCCCGCCAUCGCCAAUCAGCCCGUACGCCAAUACCCGAUCCGAGAAGUCCGCGAACAGGCCGUCUUCGUCGCGGGGCCGAAGCAGGGCCAGCGCGUGCCCGCAACGGGCGGUAUUCCCCCAAGCGCCGCUGGCAUCGUAAUGACUACGGAAAAGAUACCGAACCAGGUCGCGUUGCUCGCGCAGCAGAACGCGAACAUGCACGCGUUGGAGCAGAGGCGGGGCGCUGCGGGCGGCAUGCAGAGGCAGGCGCCCCAGCCUGUGGAGGAACACGACUCGGGAGAUGAGGCCGACCAUAUAUCUGCACGCACGCUGGCUACUACUCGAUACAAGCGCAACCACGAGCUUAUGAACGAGGUGUUCAUGUACGCCGCCUUUGGCGACAAGGUGAUGCCGCCCGCGCCUCCGUCAUACUCGGAGCUCUUCAAGAAGGAAGAACUGGACGAAAAAGUGUCAAAACUCGCGGCCGAGGUCGAAGAACUCACCGCGAAGGCGGCGUCGCGGAGAGCCGCGCGUGCUCCUACAGAACCAGAGCUUGGCGACGUGUCGAUGGAGUCGGUUGGCGCGGUCGACGUAUGAAGAGACUCCGGGAGGCGCUUUCCAUCGAGGCCAGAGGUCCCCCCGGUCCAUGAACAGUCCCAUUUACGCGCGCCAGCAGUUGGCGGGUUUGUCCGCAGGAUCAAGCGAUUGAGCAGAGACGGUUUCGUCCGCUUUGUAUAACUGUAUUUUUUUGUCGUAACCGUUG